UUUUUUUUUUUUUUACUGUGUUGAUCACGUAGCACACGUACACAUUAUUUUCUCUGUUCCUUUGCACAAAAGUGAAAGAAAACGGGUAGCUCGCAGUUUGUGGCCUUUAAAAACUAUUGCGAGGAUGGCCAACGUUGUUAGACUUAGUAUGCGAGUAUUUGCUCUGUCCACGGCGCAAACGGUUAGAUGCCUGCGGCUUGGCAAGGCUGUAGCCCCAGGAUGGUAUUGGAGGAGACCUCUGUCCCAGUCAUUCUGUACAGCAACAGAACAGAUAGAGCAGACUGGAUUUGAUACAGUUUCCCGUUACAAAGAAAGACCUUGGGAGUACUUGGAAAGUGAAGAAUAUAUUGAGAGGUAUGGUGAACGUCCAGUAUGGUCUGACUAUCGGAGGAACCAUAAAGGAGCAAUCCCACCUCAGAAGACCAGGAAAAUGUGCAUUAGAGGUGACAAAGUCAGUGGAAACCCAUGUCCCAUCUGCAGAGACCAGAAAUUGCAAAUUGAUUACAGGAAUGUAAAGCUUCUACAGCAGUUUGUGUCACCAUAUACAGGUAUCAUCCUUGAUGCAACUCGAACGGGUGUGUGCAGGAAACAGCACAAAAAUCUGACUAAAGCUAUCCAAACUGCCCGUGAGUGUGGCCUUCUGCAAUUCUCCAUCCCUUUCACAGAACUGAAGACAGAAGAUUACUCAAAUACUCAUGGAGCUGUGGUGAAGACCCCUCCUCCACCAGCCAACCAGCUUCAGGGUCCCUGGUAUCCCUGGUAUGAUUGGCUACAACCACCUGCAAAAGAAAUUGCAAAAAUGCGCAAACUGUAUAGAAAAUACCUAAAGGAAGAAGUGAAGCAUGAGUUAAGCUAGCCUAGGAACUGGAUGUAAACUCAUUAGUAAUAAAGGCAUUUUCCUGUUACUUGUAACUGUUCAAUGUGUAAAAUAAUCUUGCAUAUCAUUGUGAAACAAAUGUUAUUAAUUUAUUUGUUUGCCCUUUCUGCCAGGAUAGUUCAACUGGGCAAAGCCCUUUUUCAUCACUGACCCAUGGAGAAGAGCUCCCCAUUACCCACAUUGUACAAACUUUUAGCGUGAAUUAGUACAUCUGAACAUUGUAGUAUGUGUUGCAUUGUAUACAUUGUGGAGAUCAUUCAGCAUAUAUUAACUUUUAAGUUAUUGAAGGAGUAGACUUUAAAUAAACUGCUUGCUAUCCUUGUAACA